AACACAUAUUUAAUAUAAAUGAAAGAUUCUCCAUGCAACACAAAAAUUCGAACGAUUCGUUGCGUAACAAAUUUUUAUAAAUAAAAUUACAAGUGCCAACAACACCAUGGAAAAAAUCAUUAUUUUUAUUAUUAUUAUAAUUUUUUUUAUGAACGUUUUUGGAGAACUACGGGAAGCAUAUGAAUGGAAACAAGUGACGUUUCUUUGGCCCAGUGAUUCGGUUAGAAGAAGUGCAAUACGAAAUGGGGAAUACAUUCCGGAAAAUAAUAUGCCAAUGGGGUUAGCUAGAUGGCAUAAUAAAAUGUUUAUUACUUUACCAAGAUGGAAACGUGGUGUUGCCGCUACACUGACAUACAUAAACAUGCAAUCGUCAAAAAAAUCACCAACUCUAAUCCCUUAUCCCAGUUUUGAAUCAAAUCGAAUACCAAAUGGUAGGAAUAUAAAAGACGAUGUCAUUAUAUCCACCUUCAGAGUACAAGUAGACGUUUGCGAUAGACUGUGGGUCAUAGAUUCCGGUUCUUUCGAUUUUUUCAAUAACACCAAACAAGUUUCUCCACCUUCAAUUCUAAUUUUUGAUCUUAAUACGGACACCCUAUUGAGAAAGUAUUAUUUAGCGGAUGGUGAUGUGGCGUGUGACGGGAGCUCUGUUAUACCUGACAUCAUUGUUGAUGUGACUAGAAAUACUUGCAAUCAAGCUUUUGCUUACUUACCGGAUUUGGGAGGUUAUGGUCUUAUAGUAUAUUCUUUCGCUGAAAAUAGAUCGUGGAGAAUAUCCCACAAUUUUUUCCACAUGGAUCCUAACGAAGGAGAUUUGUGGAUUGGAGGAAUUAACAUCCAAUGGAACGAUGGAAUUUUCGGAGUGGCUCUUGGAGAUACGAACGCAAGGGGUUUUCGCAAGGUGUAUUUCCAUUCAAUGAUCAGUACUCACGAAUAUUCAGUUAGUUCAGAAGUUCUGAGAAAUGAAACGAUGGCGACAUCGUCAAAUAAUUAUAAUUUAUUCAAGCACGAAGGUAACAGAGGAAGACGUUCACAAGCUUCUCCUUCAGAUUACGAUAGAGAAACUAGUGUACUAUUCAUGAAUCAACUACAAAAAGACGCUAUUGCUUGUUGGAAUACAAACAAAAAACUCGACGAAAAUUCUUUCACUCUCAUAGAACAAGACCACGAGAGAUUAGAAUUUAUAAAUGAUAUAUACAUUGAUCAAAAUAGAAAUCUUUGGGUUUUAUCAGACAGAAUGACAAAAUUUUUAUAUGGAAAUCUCAAUCCCAACGAUGUAAACUAUAGGAUAUUGUAUACUACAGUAGAUCGUGCGAUUAGAGGCACUUCUUGUGAAUAUAAUAGGUUGUAAAUUUUUUUCAACAAAAUAUAAAUAUUAAGCUA